CACCUGAAUGCUCAAUAUGUUGUCCAUCGCAAAAUCUGCUCUGCGGCCCUCUCUGGCUCGUGCGUUCGCCGCUCCCGCGACCAGAAUGUCUCUCCACACUCUUCCGGACCUGCCUUAUGCUUACAAUGCCCUUGAGCCAUACAUCUCCGAGGCAAUAAUGAAACUCCAUCACACUAAACAUCAUCAGACCUAUGUCAAUGGACUUAAUGCUGCAGAGCAAUCUUAUGCGCAGUCACCUUCCGUCAGGGAGAAGAUUGCCUUACAGUCAGCAUUGAAAUUCAACGGCGGCGGCCACAUCAACCAUUCGUUGUUUUGGAAGAAUCUUUCGCCCGCCAAUGCUGACGGUGGCAACCUUUCCGACGGUCCUCUGAAAAAAGCCAUCGAACGUGACUUCGGAUCUGUGGAAGAAUUUAAGAAAAAGUUCAAUGCUGCCACAGCAGCUAUCCAGGGCAGUGGAUGGGGAUGGCUCGGCUACAACUCUACCACCGACAUGCUUGAGAUCGUCACGACCGCCAACCAAGAUCCCUUACUUUCUCAUACACCCAUUAUCGGCGUUGACAUUUGGGAGCAUGCUUUUUACUUACAGUACCAAAAUGUCAAGGUAGAUUACCUCACUGCAAUUUGGAACGUCAUCAACUUCAAAGAGGCAGAGCAAAGGUUGGCCGAGGCCGCCAAGUAGCCCACUUGGUUUUUUUGCGUCGUUGCAUAGUAAACUUUUGUCGCACAAUGUGAUACGUUCUUAUGAUGUUUGUUUGAACCAUACGUUGAAGUUGCAGUUAAGUGCCAGUCUACAUAUGUUGUCCACUUUCACCGUAUUACCUGCAACGACCUCCAGCUUUUUUCGACCACCAAUGGAAUACAACCCUUCCGUAGGAAACGGAUUAUACGGCAGUUCUCCUGGAAACUGUAAUCAAGGUAUAUUUCAGGUGAAUUUCAUGACAGCUGCUUGUGCAGAUUCCCCGAUGAAGAAUUGGCAAGUUCAAGGUGUUCCAGACGAUAACGGAGAAUUUUCAGGGUAGGGAAUUGGCCCCGUCAGAACAUCUGCGAUGUUGCGCAUUCUCAGAAUGCCUAUGCUGCAAC